AUGGGAAUGAUAGCUUCUACCUGGCUAGUGUCUGCAAACAGGGCAGGAGCUGAUCCUCAGAUCACGCAGAAGGUCUUCUUUGAUCUCACAGUGGGCGACAAGCCAGCAGGGCGAGUAGUUCUGGGGCUCUACGGGGAGGCCGUUCCCAAGACAGUCGCCAACUUUGUGGCUCUAGCCACGGGCGAGAAGGGGUUUGGGUACAAGAACACAGAGUUCCACCGCGUCGUGAAAGACUUUGUGCUGCAAGGCGGUGACUUUGAGAGGGGAAAUGGGACUGGUGGAUACAGCAUUUACGGUCGCAAGUUUGUGGAUGAAAAUUUCAGCAUUCCCCACCGCCCGGGAGCGGUGUCAAUGGCAAACGCUGGACCCAACACCAAUGGCUCUCAGUUCUUCAUCACAACCGCACCAACUCCAUGGCUAGACGGCAAGCAUGUGGUACUUGGAGAGGUACUGGAAGGCUUUGACCUAGUCCAGAAGCUGCAGUAUCUUCCAGUUGACUUCUUCUCAAAGCCCAAGGACCAUCUGAAGAUCUCUGAUUGCGGCGUUUUGACAUGAAACAUCACGUUGAGUUCGCCUGCUCACUGCCAAAUUAGCUGUGGAACGUUGAGUGUCAAACAGAUACCCAACGGUGACUACAACGGGUGUAGCUUUCAAAAACAAACAAAGUCAACUUAGCCUUUGUGUAAAUAACACUUGCCU